AUGGAUUUGAGCCCCUCGUCUCGAAAUGGAAACCCACUACAGCAGCUCUACGGAUCGCGGCGGUCAUUACGCUGGAUUGUGUUCCUCGUGCUCGCAGCCCUCGCCAUCAUUUAUAUGACCGGAUCGACCUAUGAGCCUUAUAGAGUGGCCAGCAGCGGCGACACCAGCGGCACCGGCCACAAGUCUUCGACGUCGGGGUACAAACAUUCGCACAAGAAGCAGGCGAAAAACCUGAGUCCGGUGGAUUUGAUGAAGAGACCCAUCUCCCGCGACCUGCAGACCAUCCCCAAGCUGAUACACCAGAGCUGGUCGUCAACCGAGCUACCGGCAAAAUUCGGACGCUGGAGCUCGACAUGCAGGGAGCAACAUCCUGAUUGGGAAUGGGUGCUGUGGACAGAUGAGGACAAUGAAGAGUUGGUCAGGACACAUUUCCCAUGGCUGUUGAAGACAUACCUGGGCCUGCCCAGUGUCAUCUACCGCGCGGAUUUGGUGCGAAACCUCUACAUGUAUAUGUACGGAGGGGUCUACUCUGACUUGGACGUGGAAUGCCUCCGGCCUGUUGAUGAACUAUUUGCCAAAUACAACGUGACGACCGCUUCACACGCCAAACCGAAACCGCAAUCCGCACAGAACAUGCAGAAGAGUGGCCGAAAAGCCUUCUUCGGCAGAAUGGGCACGGACCAUGGCUCCUCCAACUCGAUUCCCAACGCCUGGAUGGCGUCGACGCCGGGCCACCCCUUUUUCCUGAUCGUGCUCGAGUCUGUCAUGAAGAGGAUGACUGAAGAAGGUGACAUGGAGAACGUCGAGGGUAUCACGGGCCCCGGAAAGCUCUACGACAUGAUCAACGAAUACCGUCAGCCCGACAGCAAAUGGGCGGGAGAAGCCCUCGACAAGCAUGUGUCCAAGAAUCCGACCGCCAAGCAAUUCAACCCGCGCAAGGGAUUGAAACAUUCCAUCGAGGUGCUGCCCUUCCAGUAUAUCUACCCGUACUCGUGGGAACGAGACGGCGAGGCAUACCGAGAGUUUUGCUGGGCCACCAAGGAGGAAUUCAACGCCGAGAGAUGCAAACAGCUGCUUGCGACCGACCAUUGGCCGAGUUAUACCAUUACUUACUGGAGCCAUACUUGGACGAAUAACGGCCACGACGAUGGCAAUGUACAGAAGCUUGAAAUAUCAGAUCAAUGA